AUGUCUCUCACAGCUUUGAUGUUCCGGUCACUGGUGAGGUUUCUGUCAUCUUUUGUGGAUGAACCAGCAGUUUCUAUAGCAACCAUACUGCACUACAGUGAUCUUCUUCCUCAAAACACCAUCUUAGAGACAUUGGUUGAAGACGCUUUGCUCCAUCCAGAGAACUAUCUGUUCCAUUUCGUCAUCAACUUGUUGAAAUGUUUUUGGUAG